GUAUUAUUGCUAGACAUGGGAGAAUUAAGAAUUUUACGUUGUGAGUAUUGUUGCUUCCAACAGGAUACAAUCAACAAAUUAGAGAACGAGCUGAGAACCACGAAGAGUGAAAUGGCUCGGUACUUGAAGGAAUAUCAAGAUCUACUCAAUGUGAAAAUGGCCCUGGACAUCGAAAUUGCAGCAUAUAGGAAACUGCUGGAAGGUGAAGAGACCCGACUCAGUUUCACUAGUGUUGGAAGCAUCACCAGUGGCUACACCCAGACUGCCCCGACCUUCGGCAGAUCUGCCUACAGUGGUCUCCAGUCCAGCUCCUACCUGAUGACAACCCGUUCCUUCCCCACGUACUACUCCAGUCACGUCCAGGAAGAGCAGAUUGAGAUAGAGGAAACAAUUGAGGCUGCUAAAGUGGCAGAAGCCAAGGCAGCCCCUGCAGAAGAAGGUGAGGAGGAGGAGAAAGAGGAAGGUGAGGAAGAAGCAGGAGGUGAAGAGGCUGAAGAAGAGGAGGAAGGUGCUAAAGAAGAAUCUGAAGAAGCCAAAGAGGGUGAGGAAGAGGAAGGAGAAGGGGAAGAAACAGCAGCUGAAGAAGGGGAGGAGGCUCAGGAAACAACUGAGGAAACUGGUGAGGAGGAGAAGGAAGAGAAAGAAGCAGCAGGAAAGGAAGAGAGUGAAGUGAAGAAGAAGGCUUAAUUUUUAGGCAGUCUAGCCUUCUCAUCAGGUCAACAGAAUAAACGAUGAUUGACUGAGCUAAAAUUGCAGUCUCACAUAUUUAAUUCAGUGACCACUGAGGUUUAAAGUUAAUGAUUAAUGAUGUUUCUCUCUGUGCAGAGUAUCAGUAUGCUUGCAGAGCACCCACUGGCUUGCUCCCUGAAUGCCGCAUGGUCUACACGUAUGAAUUCAGGGGUUAUGUCUUUCUUGGGUGAUCCAGAACCUUAAAAUUUAAAACGGGGGGAAAAAAAAAAGUCAUGGGAAUGAAAGUUAUCUUUAACUUGUAUUUAAAAUAAUUAUGGAAACCUUGGGUGGGUAAAAUAAUGGAGGCUUCAAUAAGUAUGUGCAAUAAAGCUAGUCAAUAAAGAAAUGCUUACACAGA